AUGGACGCAGAAGCGGCGUAUCAGCUUCGGUGUGAUGUGGUCCUGAUGCUGAGCGUCACCGAAUCGCUGGCUGCUGGCAGUCUGGAUCGCACAGCUACUGUGCAGACUCGUGGUGCCACCGGGGCGUCUCGCGGGAAAGGGUGGUACGGCGAUAGGGACUCACACAUCGAUGGAAAUAGCUCUAUGUGGGUAUCUGACGAGACUUUGGACCACACACUGCCCACUGCUUCCUGA